CGCUGUUGCACGAACUGUUAUGUUCAGGGACUGCCAGUUAUACGUUGUAGUCGGAUGAAGAUGGAGCUUGGCUCAAACUAAAAAGAAGGUAACAAUUCCUACCGAAAUGUUUAUUCUAUUCGGUGUGCUCCCUCUACUACUGCGUCUGGUGAUUAUCUCAAGUGGUGUGCAGUCACAGAAUGUCACGUGUCAGCAGGGUUGGACAGGUUAUGGAAGUCACUGUUACUGGUCACAACCAGGCCUAAAAAAAUCAUGGGAAUAUGCACAGACCAUUUGUCAAAGCCAUGAAAGCAACCUCGUCAAAGUAGAAACCUUGGAAGAAAAUUUGUGGCUGAAAACAUUCGCGACGUUAUCAGAUUAUCCUUGGAUUGGAGCAAAUGACCGCGAGAAAGAAGGUGACUGGAGAUGGAUCUCGGACAACUCUACAGUGGAAUUCUCAGACUGGGGACGCGCUGAGCCGUCUAAUACCGGUGGUAACGAACAUUGUGCUCAAAUAAUAACUCAAUGGAAUGACCAGGUCUGCACCAUGCCAUAUGGAAUCAUUUGCGAGAAAGAAGGUUAG